AUUAUAUGUAAUUCCAAAAUUAUUAAGCUCUUAUUUUUUUGUUUUUUGCACAUGCAUUUUUAAAGAUGCAUGUAAAUUGGCAAUUUUGCAGUUUUCUCAAAAUCAUCAAAUGGUCUGAACAUAACCUAUAUACACCUGUUUCCUGUUUAAAGAUAAUGAGAAUUGGUGAUUGACAUGUGCAAUUGUAAAGAAAUAAAUCAAGUUUGUUAAAUUAUUUAAUUUGCAUAAUUAUACAAGAUACAUGGUUUUGUGAUGUAAUUAUAUUAGGAAAAAAGGAAUUGACAUCAAUUUAGGAAAUGGCAUUACGUUUAUUAUUUUACAAUGUAAAUAGAACAUUUUGUCACACUAGCUCAAAAUAUGUUGCCACUAAUAAUUCUAGUAUGACAGAAUCGAAUGAAAAUAUAACAAAGGAUUGGAAAAUAGAAUUAUAUAACACUAUGAAAAUCCUUCCAAAUUUUAUAAAUGAAAAAGAGGAAGAUAUCCUGCUACAAGAGGUUGAUCCUUAUAUGAAACGAUUGCGCUAUGAAUAUUCACACUGGGAUAAUGCAAUACAUGGUUACAGAGAGACAGAAUAAAAGUGGAGCAAAGAUAGUUCGCAAGUUCUUGAUAGAGUUCGUAAAGAAGCAUUUCCACCUGAAAUGACACAGCUCUCCCUUGUACAUAUAUUAGAUUUAGCCUCCGAAGGAUGGAUAAAACCCCAUAUUGACAGUAUCAGGUUCUGUGGGGGCAUUAUUGCAGGAUUAAGUUUGCUGACCGAUAGUGUGAUGAAAUUGACAAGAGGGCAUAAGAAAGAAUGCACCGAGUGUUUCUUGCUACCAAGAAGAUCAUUAUAUAUUAUGAGUGGUGUUGCUAGAUACAAGUACAAUCACGAAAUUCUCAAAUCUGAGGAAUCAUAUUUUGAGGGACGACACAUACCAAAAGGUAGACGUAUCUCCAUAAUAUGCAGAAGCGAACCUGAUCCUGAAAUUAGUAAAAACUCAGGUGCAUAAUUAAGAAAUUGUGAUGCAAAGAUCUCUGUAAAUAUUUCAAGUUUAAUUGGAGCAAGAGAGGAAGAGUGAAACACGCUUGUGAAUAAAAUAUAUUAUUUAAAAAUAAACUCAGAAUAUUGAUA